GUGGAUUUCAGCCUUCCGAGCCCCGCCAAAUCCGCAACUUGUUGUAUCUUCUCAGCCACGCCGCCGUCAAACGAGGUUCCCAUCAACAGACUGCAUAUAUAAGGCAACCCCUCUCAUACUGUAACUACUUUAAGGGAAUCGUCAAAGCUAGUUUCGCAUAGUUCAAUACAUUAUUGCCUAUUUCCAUUCAACACUCCCCUCCACGAAAACUACAACCAUGUCUACCUACACCGUUGCCAGCGGAGACUCGAUGUGGGCAAUCUCCGUUGCCCGCGGUAUCUCUCUUGACGCUCUGAUUGCUGCAAACCCGCAGGUAUCAGUCCCCAGUCAGAUCGAAGUUGGCCAGGUAUUAAAUAUCCCUGGCGGAGACGCUCCAGCCGAUCCCUUCCCCGCCCCCACUGCCAAUGUUCCGCCACCACAAGAGGUUUUUACGCUUCUGUCUGGAGGAGUCCCGCCCCCAGUUCCAGCGGCUGCCGCAGUGCAGCCUUCUCUUCCGCCGCCGGUUGGGCCGAGCCCCGGGAGCGAGGGGUUCAGGACUGUUGGGUAUUUUACAAAUUGGGGUAUUUACGGACGUAAUUAUCAACCUAUGGAUAUCCCAGGAAACUAUAUCACUCAUAUUCUCUACUCCUUUGCAAACGUUAGACCAGAUUCCGGUGAAGUCUACCUAACCGACACCUGGGCCGAUGUCGAAAAGCGCUAUCCCGGCGACUCCUGGGAAGAACCAGGCGAGAACGUCUACGGCUGCAUAAAGCAGCUCUACCUCCUGAAAAAGCACUAUAGACAUUUAAAAACCCUCCUCUCCAUCGGCGGUUGGACCUACAGCGCCAACUUCCCGGUUCCAGCCUCUACAGAAACCGGCCGAAAAACCUUUGCCCGCACUGCCGUCCAGCUCCUCGCAGAUCUCGGCUUCGACGGCAUCGAUAUCGACUGGGAAUACCCACAGGACGCCGCGCAGGCAGAGAACUUCGUCCGCCUCCUGAAAGAAACCAGAGAAGCAUUGGAUGCCUACUCAGCCCAGCAUGCGCAGGGGAGACGGUUGCUACUGACCGUUGCCGUCCCCUGCGGCGAGACAAACUAUAAAAAGCUGCUCAUGUCGGAUAUGGACAAGUAUCUCGAUUUCUGGAACCUGAUGUGCUACGACUUUGCGGGGAGCUGGGAUAGGAAAGCGGGACACAUGGCCAACAUUUUCCCGUCUAGAGACGUGCCGGAGUCGACACCGUUCAAUGCCGACGAGGCAAUCACCGCAUAUGUCGCAGGUGGCGUGCACCCGAAGAAAAUCGUCUUUGGGCUGCCGCUAUAUGGCCGUGCGUUCGAGCAGACUGAUGGACCCGGGCAUCCGUUCCAGGGGGUCGGCGAGGGGUCGUGGGAGUCUGGGGUGUGGGAUUAUAAAGUCCUUCCCCAGCCGGGGAGCGAGGAGGUGAAUGACGAUGACUUGAAGGCGAGUUGGAGCUAUGAUCGAAAUGCGAGGAAGAUGAUUAGUUAUGAUACGCCAGCGAUUGUGGCGCAGAAGGCGGAUUACAUUCGCAAAAGGGGGAUGGGGGGUGGAAUGUGGUGGGAGCUUAGCGGUGAUGCUCCGGUGGGGAGCGAGCGGAGUUUGAUUGCGACGACGGUGAAUGGCCUAGGGGGGGUUGGAAAUCUGGAUCACAGUGAGAAUUUGUUGGAUUAUCCGGCUAGUCGAUACGAGAAUUUGAGGAAGGGGUUUCAGUAGGUAGGUUCCUCCGGGGCUGGAGAUAUGCAACGCCAUGCACCUACUUGCGGGGCGUUGCGAUGAGUUCAAAACAACGAUAGUUCAAUGUAGAUGAUAUAGGCAUUAGUAUGUACUAUACAUAACUAACACUUAGGUUUAGAGUUCACUAGCCUAAUAUGCAGUACAUAUAUCAUUUAUAUACCUUACCUGAGUCCCUAAAUUUCAUCUACUCAACAGCAACCAUUUUUAACUCGGUAAAUUGUCGGUGGAUAUAUAUCUUCAAUGAACAGCCAAAAAAAUCUUUAAUAUUUUAGAUAAAUAUAAAUACUAUAUAUAUAUUUC